UGUGCGAUUUUUGACUGUUAUAAAAAGGCGACCUCGUUGCCAAACUGCAACAGUUCGUGUCCCAAAAUGUCACCGCUUUCUGUUCUUUUGUGCGCGUUGGUCGCCCUCUCACCUCUUGGAUCCUCCAAUGGAUGGGACUUUCCCAAAGGCCACUACGGCAGUUGGCGCGAGCGUUUGGCUUCCGACAAGGAGAAGAAAGGCGACGAUUGGAGACCUCAACAUUUCACUCCUCGGUCCGACUUGCUGCACCACGAAGCUUCUCUACAUGAUUGGGUGGAAAAACACCUGAAGCCGCUCGCGGCGAAGCAUGGACCUUUCUUCCGACGACCACAACACCACGAGAACGAAGCACCUCCACACGGUAUGGUAAGGCCGUCGGUAGGAGACGAACCGAUUCCAGAAUCGGUGAAGAAGGAUGUCCUGGACCGGCUCAAAGAGAUAGAAAAGAUGCUAAUAGCUGAACUGUCUACAGGUCACCAAACUCCAGCAGUAGCGGAGGUGGUUGUCAACACCGAGAAAAACGACCACUCUCCUCCUCCUCCAACAGAGAAACCGGCUACGAAGAAACCCACUGAAAAACCUAAGGAUGUAACAACGGAAAAAGCAACCACGCCCCCUAAGAGUAAAACGACUACCGAUUCGUAGAGUCUGGGAUCACCCCGUGGGAGAUGUUUUAGCUAGGUCAAGUGGAUCAGCACAGUGUCAACCGCUUUCAAUAAAAUGUUUGCCGAGAAA